AUGCGGCGCAACGUGAAGAGGCGGCGGCCCCCGGCGGCCCCGGCCUCGGCCUUCCGGGGCGGCGGCUUUAGGGCAGGCGAUGGGGCCGGGCUGGAGGCACAGGAGGAGAAGGUUGUGUACUCGCGGUCGCAACUGUCGCUGGCCGACACCACCAAGGCGUUGGGCGAAGCCUUCAAGCUGUUCAUGCCCCGCAGCACGGAGUUCAUGAGCUCGGACGCGGAGCUCUGGAGCUUCCUCUGCAGCCUCAAGCACCAGUUCUCCCCGCACAUCCUGCGCAGCAAGGACGUCUACGGCUACUCCUCUUGCCGGGCCCUGGUCCCCGACCCCCCGAGGCCCCCCGCCCGCGGGCAGACGCGCAGGCCCGCCCGGGGCUCGGCGGCCAGGAGGAGGCGCCGCGGAGCCCGGGCGGCCGCCUCCCGCAGGAAGAAACCACCGCCGCCGCCGCCGCAGCCACCGGCCCUGGGGGAGCCCGGGGCCCUCAGCCCCUGCUUUGGGGGCCGCACCCUAGAGGAGAUCUGGAGGGCGGCCACCCCGACGCUGACCACCUUCCCCACCAUCCGCGUCGGCGGCGACGUGUGGGGCGAGCGCAGCCUGGCGGCGGUGCGGCGCCGGGCGCGCCAAGUGCUGCGUGUGAACCUGGAACCCGUGGUGAGGCUCCGACGCUUCCCGGUGCCUCGGGCAUGAGACGCAGCCCCCCUACCCUCGGACGGAGCUUCCGCCUGGAGGGAUGAACAAGUGUCAGUCGAGUGUUUACAGAUCCGGCCAGGACUCCGUCCCCUAGUGCACUUUACGGGCGAAGAAGUCACCGGAUAGUGUUCCCGGCCCUGCGUCCCUGGAUGCGGCGCCGCUGUCUGGGACCCCGGGGCAGGUGUGCCCUCUGCUGCCUCCCGGCACCGGCUCUGCGGAGGGAGGAGAGCGCUAGACCCGCGGGAGAGGCCCCAUUUCUUCCUAACCCCAGAUUGAGACGUCUCCAGGAUUGUAGGGGCAGAUCCGUUUUCUCCCUUUUGGACUCUACCUCACUGGUCUGGAAGCCCUCCGAAGAAGUCAUUAUUUUCCAAAGGAAUUUGGUUUCAUAAUAAGGCAGAAUUCACUUGCUUUUUAUACCCCCCGCUCCUUGCUACUUUUUUUCUUUUUCUUUUUCUUUUUGACUGCCACCUCUUUCUGGACGAUAGAUCGAACAUAUUUUGUGGUGUUGCACUAGUUUAUGCUCAGGGUAUUCUGAAUUCCACUUAUUUCCUGAUAUGAACUGGAUUCCAGUGCUUUGACCAAGGAUGUUUUCUAAACGAACGACACAAGCUUAUGACUCUUAAUAGUGCAAGGAUUUGUAUGGGGUUGAACUUCAUGGGCUCAGUGAUUACAAAGAGAUGCAAAAUACAAUUGUUUGAAUUACUUUAAGGUGUUUCUAAAGGUUUUUUUUUUUUUUUUUUUUGGAGAAUUAAAGUUUAUAUUUACUGAGCUUCUAAAGAAAAUGGAAACUCAAAGUUUUGUUUAGGAAAAGUUGACUUGUUAAACUUUUAAAAAUUGAAUAAAAAUUAAAGUGCAUUGAAACCAUAUGGCUUGUGAUUUAAAAAAAAAAAGAAUGCAUUAUAAAAAAAUACUGUUGGUUAAAGAGAUGGAUGGAAUAUGAUUAGAAAUGAUUUGGCCUCAUUGUACUGGUCUAACAUAUAAAUCCAGGAAUAUUUCAAGGAUAAUUUAUUUUAAAGUGGGAAUCCAAUAGGAAAAAUGAGUGUGUAUAAAUAUUGUGAUUAAAAUGAUGAACAGAAUACCCAUUAGAGUCCUCAGAGCUAUAAAUGAUCUAGAGGGGUGGGGGCAUUUCUUGGUAUAAGUAACUGGUUGAAGUUACUUUGGGCAAAAUCUUUUUUUCUUUCUUUCUUUCUUUUUUUUUUUUGUUGUUGUUGGAUAGCAAGAAAUGUCCAGACUAUUAUCAUCACUUCUAUAAACAUGUUAGUUCACGUUUUGCUCCACCAGUUUCCUUUUUAAAUCUUAUUUCCAUUUAAAUUUAUGUUUGCAGUUAUGGGUCUUUGAUAACUGAAGACCACAGGAAUUAAACAGGCAAGCCACACAGAGUUCUGACCCUUCUUUUACACUUUUAUGAUAGUGUUUAUACCAGGUGGCCCAGUGUGUUAUUCUUGAUUAUCCAAGUGCCUUUGGUCAUUGGUGGCAACAAGACUUAAUUGGUUUUAGUCAGUGGUGCCACAGCCAGGUUUUACUGUAAUAUCUAAAGGGUCAAGUAGUGUUUUUGUACCACUAUUAUUUCAAAUUUAGGUUAUUAUGCCAUGGAGUGAUCUGUACUGGGCUGGAACUUGACAUAUGUAAUACUCAAUAUUAAGGUUUAUCUUUGCUUGGUAGCUUCUUAGGAGAAUAAUGAGAGCUGCAAUUUUGACUCUUGUGUCCUUAGAAUUUAAAUGGCAUAGCUUUUUGAAAUGAUGUUUUCCAAGUUUAAUAGUCCAUUGUAGGAGCUUUGUGACUUCAAUUUCAGUGUUUUUAUUUUGUUAAAAAAGGAUUUUAUAUAUAUUUAUGACUUGAUACCGGUUUUCCAAUAAGCAUCCUAUUCUUUUAUUCACUACUCAACGAUAAUGCAUUGUUACAAACACUGUCACAUGAAUAAAUAAAAGUGAACAAUUGGAAGAUGGAGAGUAUUAAAUUAUAUUUGUGUGAUAGGAAGCUUAUCUUUAUUCUUUUGGUUAUUAGCUUCCACUGCCAAUUAUAUUCAGUUAUAUAGGAUUUUCUCCUCACCUAUCCCCCCCCCCCCAUUAUUAACUUUUUAGGCUAACUUAGCACCUGAAAAAAAAAUUGUAUUUGUACCACUUCACUUUGUAUAUAGUUUUAUAAUAAUUAAAAAAAUGCAAUGGCCAUAUUAGAAUGUAAUUUCAACAUAUAGCUUAUCUAGAUAGUUUCCCAGAGGAUUUUGAAAUUAGACUUAACUGGGAGGAUAAUUUUGCUCAGCACAAAAGUGAAACAUAUUCGCUGACACAAUGGAUUUAUUGUAACAGAUUCUUAAUUGUUUUCCACUUAAGCCUUGUUACGUGAGUACACUUGAACUCACAUAACUGCUUCUUUGGAUUAUCUGGGCUUCUGAUUUCAAUAUGGAUCUAAUUGCUCAUCCUGAAUCCAGUAUAUUUAUCUGGUUUAUUAAAAAUUCAUGCCAUUUCUAGUUUGUAAAAAAGAUGUAAAAAAUAUUUUUGCCAAGUUUUCUUUAACAAAACCUAUGUUACAACUUCUAAAAUGUGAAAAAACAACUAAUAUAGUUGAUUAGUAUGUUGGUAGUAAAGUGAAACUAUUUUAUGGGUACUUUUGGGCAGAAUGUGAAAAGGAACUUGGCAUGGUGGCCUUUAUUGUGAGGCAUCCAUUUAUUAUCCUCUAAAAUGAGUCUGCAGCUUAGCUUGUAUAUAGUUUUUGUAAGAAAUCCUAUGAUUUUUAUUCAGUCUUUUACAUUCUCCUAUAUCUCAUAUGGCACAAAUAGAGAGGGGAAGCUAGGAGGAAGUGUAUCACCUUGCUAGGCUUUUAUUUAAUUUUUAACUCUUGAGUGCCUAAAUGUGGUGACUGGCACCUCAAAUAACCUUUUGAAAUUUCUGAUGUCAUUUUUUAUCCUUCCUGUCAACCAGCAACUUAUUUUUUCCCACUGAAACUAGUAAUGUCGUGAUUGUUGAGGGCAAACUUCAUUGUUGAUAGUGCAAAGUGUCAUUGUUGGGAUGUGUAUUUACUUUGUCCAAGUUUGAUUACCCUAUUGGGCAAGUGUAUCUUAAGCUGGUGGCUGACACCUUUUGAUUUGCUAUGUGCAAAUCUGAAAACCAUUAAAAUAUUUGAAUACAAAAAACAAUUUUGAACUCAAAGAUUUUUGUUGUUUUAAGGGUUGCCACAGCACCCUUUACAUUGGUGUUUUUUAAUGGAUAUAUAUUCAUAGUAUUUUAUCAGUGUGUGUAAAGUACCUUGAUGGACUGUUCUGUCUUAAGUGCAUUAGAAGGCAAUUAUUUG